AUGCAGUCACAACCCCCCGCUACAUCCCGCACCGAGACCCAAGUCCAAACGCCCGAAACCCAGAACACGCUGCGAUUGGUUCCCGUGGCUGACAAGCCGAAGAAGAAGCAGCGCAACCGUGUGAGGUGGACCGAGGACGUGGUGGAGGAGGAAGAGUCCGAGUCGGAAUCGUCGUCGUCGUCCUCUUCGUCCUCUGACGAAAGCGACCAUGAGUCCAAGCCGAACGCUUACGAAAGACAGCCCAAGUAUAAGCGCAAGAAGGGAGCCGAGUGCAACCACGAUCACAGCCACAGCAAUGUGUGA